AUGGCACCCAUGCCAUCCCCACUCGCCAACAUGUUCCAUGUCCCACUUCAUCCAUUUGAAUCAGCUCAGCUUGAUGACCCUCCAGAAGGACUCAGAGGACACGGACGAAGACACAACCAGAUGCAUUCGCGCAACCUAUCAAUAUUCUUUCCCAGCUCACACACAACUAUCUCUAAAGAUCUCCCUACAGACGUCGAAUCUGCCUCAAAUAUCAAUUCACAAUCCCAAAUCGACCUUCAUAUACCUGCAUCUCAAAGCGAACCCCUUCAGAUCGGACAUGAUCAUACAGCUUCUUUUUCAUUCGGCUCCUCAGGCUCUAUCUCCAAGUCAAACUCUGCAGGUGCAGUGCCAGCUAGCGUGAUAGCACAUAGAGGCCAUCAUCACAAACAUUCCUUUUCUCAUAACUUCUUUUCUUUCCUUGACCCUGUUCAUCAAUCACAACCAGUAACAAAACCUGAGGAAUUGCACAUGGCUCCUACCCCUGCUCUGAUGUCUCCAUGGAGUGUGGUGAGCAACGUCCAAGGUGGGGAGGGCGUAAGCUCUAGCAAAGUCAAUCUCACAAUGGGCACCAGCUCUUGUUCCAGCUCAGCAUCCCCUGCAUCCUCUUCCUUGCCUUAUUAUAACCAAUUUUCUUGGAAUCUAAGCAAAGACAGUCUUUUGGCAUGA